GGUAGCUGCUUUCGUAGUGACGACAUAGAUUUUUGUAACAUCAAUCGAACUGCUUUCCAAUCUCAAUUGCGCACAUUCAAGACCACCCGAAACAACGUUUCAAUACACAUCAGCGAACAUCUACCCAAGCAUCGACACUUCAGUACGACCACAUCAAUAACCUCGCUCAUCAUGUCCAAACCCGUCCCUCAACCCCCCAAGAACCUGCGCAACACCUACAUCGCCCCCCGCCCGCCCUACCUUAGACCCAUCAUCAUCUGCGGUGCGAUCAUGGCGCUCUCCUCGCGGCGCGAAGUCAUUUCCCCCGGCUCGCCUCUCUACGACUACGCUCUCUCACACUUAUCGGCCACUGGCUUGAAGUACGCAUCCUGGGUACAGAGUGGGCUGUUUUACUUCCUGUUUGGGGCGCAUGCAAUUGAGACGGCGGUCUUUACGAAGAGACUAGCGAAGCAUGGGGUGCAGGUUUCGAGUCUUAGUUGGUGGCAGUGGAUGGCCACGUGUUUUGUGGGAGGGAAGUAUUGCUUUGUGCAUUUUGAUCGGGAGGUUGGGAAGUUUGAUUAGGCUGUUAGGAAGACGUGUGGAGAAGAGAUUGGGAAGUUUAUUAGGGCUGCACUUCUCGACUGACCAGCUCUCUUGUGCUAAGAUUAUCAGUAGAGAGACGUAAGCUACCAUGUAUGGCACUCGAUGGUUCGGUGGCUAGAU